UCAGUUUUCACUCCGAAGCGCUGAAGACAUGUUAGGUGCUAUUUAAGAGAAGCCGACGUUGUUGCUUUAGAGCAGAUGUUGGGCGGCAGGGAGGCAGAGCUGUUUGUUCAUGUGAGGCCUUGAGUUCAGUCGGGACACAGAUCUGUGAUAAGAGCCGAUUCCGCUUCCUCCAUCCGUGCAGUCCGCUGUAUAAACCCAGCGGCAAAGCCGAGGCGCUGAUAUAUUCGGUGUAGGCGACCGAGCGUUUCAUGAAGGUUAAUGGGAGGCAGGCAUUACCUCACUGGGGCCGUUCCACUCCCUUCUGCAGCCACACCUCCAACAUCACACCAUAUCAGCCAAGAUGGGAAGAACACAUGGAGGAGGGAAAGAGGGAGACGGAAAACGAUAAAGAAACUGAAUUUGGUGCUUUUUGUGUAGCUGAACGUGAAGCUGACGUCAGUAAAAAUGCUGGAGACGGUGAAAGACAGAGUACUGGAGGUCUAUGACAGCCUCUUAUCAGGAAGAGACCCGCGGGUGAAGGGUUACCUGCUAAUGGAGAGUCCAGUCAACAUGACCGCUGUCCUGCUUGCUUAUCUUUUCUUCGCACUGUACGCUGGCCCCAGGUUUAUGGCCAACCGCAAACCCUUCCAACUGAAAGAAGCUAUGAUCGUCUACAACCUGUCCUUGGUUGGCCUGUCUGCAUAUAUCGUAUACGAGUUCUUGAUGUCGGGUUGGGCGACGGGAUACACGUGGAGAUGCGACCCGUGCGAUUAUUCAAACAGCCCUCAAGGACUCAGAAUGACACGAGUUGCCUGGUUGUUUCUGUUUUCGAAGUUCAUUGAGCUUAUGGAUACGGUGUUUUUUGUGCUGCGUAAGAAACACAGUCAGAUCACCUUCCUGCACAUCUUCCACCAUUCCUUCAUGCCCUGGACGUGGUGGUGGGGCGUGAGCUACGCACCAGGUGGAAUGGGCUCCUUCCAUGCAAUGAUCAACUCGUGCGUCCAUGUGAUCAUGUACUUCUACUACGGCCUUUCUGCUGCAGGACCUCGCUUCCAGAAGUUCCUCUGGUGGAAGAAAUACAUGACUGCAAUUCAGCUGACUCAGUUUGUGCUAGUGUCUCUUCACGCAACCCAGUGGUACUUCAUGAAGAGCUGCGACUACCAGGUUCCUCUGUUCAUCCACCUCAUCUGGAUGUACGGGACCUUCUUCUUCGUGCUGUUCUCUAACUUCUGGUACCAGGCGUACGUGAAGGGCAAGAGGCUCCCGAAGAACACCCAACAGCUCGCCCAGAACAAAACGGCCAAAGGAUCCACCACAGUCGCCAACGGCUCCUCCGCGGUUUCAAACGGCCACGGAGUGCACGAAAACGGCCUGAGCAACGGUAAGAAACACCACGAGAACGGAAGUAGUCACAACGGCAAGAUGAAGAAAGCCUGAGGGGCUCAGAAAGAGAAGACCCAAAACGGAUGACCAGGAGAACCUGUACUAAGCACUAUGGAGUCCAAAGAGUGUUUUGGGACUUUUCGUUUUUUUCAAAUGUUCAAAUGCGUUUUUGUUUUGUUUUUUUUAAUAUGUACAUUUAAAUAAGUAAAUGGGGAUCUGAAUCCAUCUGACCCUGUUUGUAAAUGGGUUUUUUUUUUUUGUCGUAAAUUAAUCUAAAGAAUAAUUAUUGAGCACGAUGUAUGAAGAGAAGAGGAAGAGUAUUGACCGGAUCCAUCCUCCGCUGAUGUUGCUCAUGGUGUUCAUUUCAACAGAAUGAAUUCACAGAUGAGCACACACACACACACCCACACCCGUGUGUGUGUGUGUGUGUGUGUGUGUGUUUCAUACUCCCCCCCCCCCCAAUUGCAGACACUGUACAGCCAACAUCAGUAAACUUGAAUUACACCUGUAAAUAGUUUUACCUUAUAAACUAACGGGAUUGAUGCGGUAAAAAAAAAAUUGUUAGUCUUGAAUUGAAUACAAAAAAUAAAUUCAAUUUUAAAAUA